CGGCAUUGGAGCUUCAGAAGCCGUCCUGACGCGCAUAGCCAUAUUCAUGACCGUCACCCUGCCCUGCCCUGCCCUGCCCUGCAGCCCAACCCAAUUCUCCCGCAGCCAAUACCCGACUGUGACUUCGCAGAAGCAACCCCACAAUUAGCCUGGACGUACCUCUGUCGCAUGCAGCGCCUGUAUAGCCAGGUCGAGCGUCGAACGCGACCCAGUCAGCCUGCGAAGCGAAGAGCCUAGCCAGUCAGCCCCUAGGCCCUGGGACUUAACUGCUGCAUUCUGCCUGUCUCGCUGCGCCGAGCCUAUGCUUCGGCCUAGUCGCCUCCCCCACGCCAGACAAGCCUAUACCUUGCGCCCCAACGCCUCUCUACAUCUACACCAGCCGACCAUCUCGUCGCAUACGCAACUACCCCAAGAAACUGCCUCGGCGGCCCCGCUGCACUGGCUAUCAGGCGGAUAGCGGGCGUCGAUAGCCAGCAUGCACGACUGGACCGCGCCACACUCCACCACACAUCCCACAACGCCGCCGCACGCCAACCCAGCCCAUGGAGACUGGCCGCACUCACCCAACGCACUGGCUGCUGCUGUGACGCUAGCGACUCUCUCCGACAACAGACCACCCGGUGACGACGAGGACGACAUCGACGACGAUGACGAUGGUGGGGGGAUAUCGCUAGAGGACUACCAGCAUUACAUGGAAGCCAUGCCCGAAUCGCAUCAAGCAGGAGCAAACAGCGACGAUGAGGACCCCUCGCUGGAUGAGGGAGGAACAAUAGAAGACAUGUUUGGCUUCGGGCCAGUCCAUCCAUCCUAUGUCACAUACACCGCUCUCGACAUGUUCCCGGGAUCCAGCAUACCUCAGCACCAUACGUCCACUACACACUUCAUUGCGCCGGUCACCAUAGUAGGCAACCUGCCAUACGGUACUGACCUGUUACUUGAGCCACCGCCAACACUCAACGAACCGCAUCUGAGUAUACAGGACCGGGCGGCCUUUUGUCCCAUCACGUCUUACUUCCACCGCUUUUACGGGCAGUGGAAGCCUGGUGUUGUGCCUGGUUUGGAUCUCGUUCAGGUGCCGGAAUUCAUUACCCGAGAGGAUCUCAAGGGUGAUGAGUAUGAUUACCAGGGUAUUGAUUGGACCGCCCGGAAGACUACUAGGGCUGCGGUACGGAGAGCAAGGUCGCAACAUGAGCGCCAGAGGGUGCCUCAUAGUGUGAAGCAGGUUCGCAAGCACGUUCGUUCAACACCCAACACAGAAAGCUUCUUCCAAUUCCGAAGGAUCAACACCAGCCCCCGUGCUUUCGUUCCUCACUUCCAGCUGCGAAAUGUUCUGACAGCCACGUCCCGCAAUGACGUCUAUUACGCAAAAGGUCAUCAAGUACUUCACACAGACGCUGAAGGUACAUCCGAAGAUGCCGUCGUAGACCUCAGCAAGCACCUGGCUCUCGAUGCAUCGAUCACCACUAUCGCUUCCCAAGGCGACGUACUCAUCGCUGGUGCUUUCGAGGGCGAGUACGCCAUCACCGACCUCUCCUCCACGCACGGCUCGCCCUGUACAUUCGGCCGCACCACCGACUUUGCGACUGACACAAAGUCGCGCAUAGUAAACCACAUGCACCUCUUCCCCUCACGGCGAACCUACACCCCCCAAGCCGUCCUCUGUUCCAAUGACCACCGGCUCCGCGUGCUCGACUGCGGUACUAACAGCUUCAUCCACUCGUUCCUCUACCCCGCAGCCGUCAAUUGUUCAGCCACCAGUCCAAACGGGCGCAUGCGCGUAGUCGUCGGCGACUUCCAAGAAACACUCAUCACAAACGCCGAAACAGGUCAACCCUUCGAAACACUCAACUCGCACACCGACGACGCCUUCGCCUGUGCUUGGGCAGACGACGGCAUCCACGUCGCCACCGCCGCCCAGGACUCCACCAUCGUCGUCUGGGACGCGCGGUACUGGGAAAAGCCUCUCGCAGUUAUGAAGAGCGAACUCAGCGUCCCUAGAUCUUUACACUUCUCCCCCAUCGGCUCUGGCCCCCGUGUCCUCGUUGCCACCGAAGCAGACGACUUCAUCAACAUCAUCAACGCACAGACGUGGGAAUCGAAACAGACUUUUGAUUUCUUUGGCCCAGCAGGUGGUGUGUCGUUCACGCCUGAUGGCCAGUCUCUCUUCGUUGCGAAUGGAGAAAGAAGGUUCGGCGGUAUCAUCGAACUUGAACGCACGGGCUGGGCGGAUAAGACGGGGAGGAGGGGUAGUUUUGACGACGAGACGCGCGAUGAGAUUGUUGUGGAUUGGGCGGGUGAAGAGGCGCUGGACAACGAUGGGAGGGUUCUAGCAGGGGAUGUGGCUAGAAGGAGAAGGCAUGUGGACUUGAGUGAUGUUAUCGUAUAAUGUCGCUUUGUAGAUGUGAACCAGCUAUUUGGUAUCUUCGGCGGGAAAGAAUUUUUUGGCGUUUUUCUUUAUGCAAAGAUGGAUGGGCUGGGAAGAUACCACGGGAUUGGGCGGUCAUGGAUUGGUAUUUAAGCUAGCAUCGUAAUCAUCACCAGCAUCUUACACUCGUGUUGGCCAUCUGUAGUAGUUUAACUUUCUCCAUGAGAACAUGACGACGGACUUGUGAGUUCGAGAACUGCACA